UUAAUUGUCAUUAAUCAGCAUUGAUAGUUUGAGUCAUAAUUUAUUUGCAUUUAACAUUCAUGAUUUCUGCACUGUAAACAUCAACAGAAUAGUAUGUGUCAGUUCUUACUUGACUGUAGUAAGAACAUUUAAACUGGUUUAAUUGAGGUGUAAGCGUGCACGUUGUAAAAUUUGCAUUAAAUAGAGGUUCAUCUGUUGCUGGUUUCAUGUUUACCGAUCCCACUGCACAUGCGUGUUUUGGUUACUUGAGAAUUCCUUGAGUGUCCUGAGGAACGGUGAGACAGGCCGUAUUCAUUUAAACCACCAGGUGACAGCAGAGUGAAUUAUCACAGAUGAAAUGCGUCAUACACUAUAUUUACAAAAGUAGCCCCUACUGGGGUCUACAGCUUUAGAAAGGCUUUUAUUCUGAAACUCCCUGACCGGAUGUCGGGUGUUCUCUCCCGUCUUACCGCUAUUGCUGUCAUAUUAAAAUGUCUAACAUCAGUUCUAACAAGCCACCACGCGUAUCAAAGGCCUGGAUCGCUCUGAGAAGACUUGACAAAAACGACAACAGAGUGGUGGCUCUUCGAGAAGUGUCCAUUCCUCCAGCAGCUGAGGUCACCAUGAUCACACAGAUAAUUACCACUACCUUUGGGCUGAACUCCUCCGAUGUCGUAUUGAAGAUAAGGAACCACCAAGGCCGUCUGAUUCCUCUGAGCAACUCAAUCCCUGUUAACAACAAGCACAUGCCUUAUGUGCUUGAGGUAACCAAGAUCUUUCAACAUGUAUGUCCCAAGCCCAGGACCAUUCCCAUGACUGUCAUCAACAACAGCAUGAAGACCAGGCUACAGACUAUUGACAGGAGGAUUCAGAGACUGGAGGAGCUUCUGCCUCAUAUCAAACUCAGGCGCAAUGAAAAACUAAGCCAGGAGAUUGAAUGUCUCAACCAGAAGUUGAGAUUUCUUCACAGGAGAAUGCAGAUGGCAGAUUCUCACAGCUGGAAAGGGGUGCUGACCAGAGCCCCGCUGUGGUGAGAUGCAAACCAUCUCUGGGGCUAUAGUCAAACUCUUCAUUGGCUGCAGAUUUUAUUAGGUCACCAUAUAUCUUAUCUGUUUAUUUUUUGCCUGGAAAAGUCGUGACACAUGUAGUACUUAACUUUGAUGUAACUAGCGAAUAAAAUAUUUGACAAAAUAUUUUGAUUUGACUGGAACAUGACAAUUGACCAAAUAAUCAAAUGUAACCUGUGAUUUAAACUUAAGUUGUGUGUACCAUGAAAUC